CACGUAGUGAAAAUGGGAGGAUCUAGAAGGAGGCCGUCUCCUGUGUAGUGUAUAUUUAUCUGUAAGUGAGCUGUUGGGGAAGGAAUUAAAGGCAGAGACGCUGUCUGCUUGCUGCCUUAAGACAGCAAAGCUGAAUUGCUGAUUUGCUUUAACUUUUAAAAUACCCAGCUUGGUUUAUUUUUCCUAGAAUCAUUGUAUUGCUAAGACUGGGGACGCUGUUUUCUUUCACAAAGGGAAAUCUAAGUUCAUUUCACGGCAUUCGAAAUGGGGAAAGACUAUUACUGCAUUUUGGGAAUUGAAAAAGGAGCUUCAGAUGAAGAUAUUAAAAAGGCUUACCGAAAACAAGCCCUCAAAUUUCAUCCAGACAAAAAUAAAUCUCCUCAGGCAGAGGAAAAAUUUAAAGAGGUUGCAGAAGCUUAUGAAGUAUUGAGUGAUCCUAAAAAGAGAGAGAUAUAUGAUCAGUUUGGGGAGGAAGGAUUGAAAGGAGGAGCAGGAGGUACUGAUGGACAAGGAGGUACCUUCCGGUACACCUUUCAUGGCGAUCCUCAUGCCACAUUUGCAGCAUUUUUUGGAGGUUCCAACCCCUUUGAAAUUUUCUUUGGAAGACGGAUGGCUGGUGGUAGAGAUACUGAAGAAAUGGAAAUAGAUGGAGAUCCUUUUAGUGCCUUUGGAUUCAGCAUGAAUGGAUACCCAAGAGACAGGAAUUCUGUGGGGCCAUCCCGCCUCAAACAAGAUCCUCCAGUUAUUCAUGAACUUAGAGUAUCUCUUGAAGAAAUAUAUAGUGGUUGUACCAAACGGAUGAAGAUUUCUCGAAAAAGGUUAAACCCUGAUGGAAGGAGUUACAGAUCCGAGGACAAAAUUCUCACCAUUGAGAUUAAAAAAGGGUGGAAAGAAGGCACCAAAAUUACUUUUCCGAGGGAAGGAGAUGAAACACCAACUAGUAUUCCAGCAGACAUUGUUUUUAUCAUUAGAGAUAAAGAUCACCCCAAAUUUAAAAGGGAUGGAUCAAAUAUAAUUUAUACUGCUAAAAUUAGUUUACGUGAGGCAUUGUGUGGCUGCUCAAUUAACAUACCAACAAUGGAUGGAAGAACCAUACCUAUGUCAAUAAAUGAUAUUGUGAAACCUGGUAUGAGGAGAAGAAUUAUUGGAUAUGGGCUGCCGUUUCCAAAAAAUCCUGACCAACGUGGUGACCUUCUAAUAGAAUUUGAGGUGUCGUUCCCAGAUACUGUAUCUUCCUCAUCCAAAGAAGUACUUAGGAAACAUCUUCCUGCCUCAUAGAAUGAAAAACUUUGUUACCCAUAUUUUGAUAAGGCACUGAAAAUCUAAAAGGACUGGCAGUUUACUAAUAUAGAUGUGAAUUCUGUAUAAAGACAUGUAAAUUAUUUUGAGGUUUCAUUAAAUUGCAUGAAUAAAGACGGGUCAAAUAAAUAGGCAAAAGGGAUUUUUACAGUUAGAGAUGAAGAGAAAACCAUUCAGUGUAUUUUAUUUCAUUUUUCCCAAAAGAAAUUUUUAACAUUUUGCUUACAUGUAAAAUUUGUUUUUGUGGAAUAGAAAAAUUUCUAAUAAAGUAUUAGACUAAGUACUUUAUUUAUUAUAUCUUUACAUAAUCGGUAUGAUAGUUCUCAUUUAUAAUGGAAACUUAAAUUCUUAAGUAAACUAUACAUGAGAUAUGUAUUUCUAAAAAAUAAAAUCCCAAGUCAUUCGGAAAUGUGGUUAACUAGAUUUAAAUUACCAUCUGAAAUGAUAUAUAGGGCUGGUACCCAUAAAAGAAUAACCUAAUGCAUAUGUUUCAACAUUUUUAUUUUUAAAGUAUGCUGUAGUAUUUCCUAAUAACAUAAUUGUGAAGUUCUUAAGGCAGACCUUUUCUUCAUAAAACGAAAAUUAGUGGCAGUUUACCUCCUGUGGAAAUCCCAAUUGCCUGAAUUACUGAUAUUUUAGAAAUAGGCUGUUUUUAAAAUGCCAUAUGUAAUUUUAUGCAAGUUGACUAUAUAUCUUGAACUUAAUAACUUAUAGGCACAUUUUAUUGUCCACUAGUUUAAAAUAACUUGUUUAAAAACAAACGUGUUUUUAGAGGAAAUACUGUUAUUUGGAACUAAUUUUCCAAUUACACAGUCUUCUAUAACUUAGUCAUAAUAUGCUAUAUGUACUUAUGCAAUUUCCCUGAAAAGAAUAAACUACCACUAUGGUGUUCAACCAAAACAUGGAGAAAAUAAACACUAACUGCUGCUUACAAAUGAUGUUGCUACUACUUGUUAUGCGUAUAAAUAUUUUACUUUUUCAUAUGUUUAGAUUGCAUUUCUUAGGUGUUUUAAGUUUUUUAGUAUAUUAUGUUUUAAAAAUUGUUUUGUUUUCUGUUUAUAACUGUAGUAAGAAUGAUGCCUUAAAGUUUUUGAUUGAAAAGUAAUUUUCAGGAUGAUAUAUAUACUGGAACCUAUCACGUUUUAGCAGAUAUAAAGUCUUUUAGAAAUUCAAUAAAUAGGUUGUAUCACCAUAUAUUUACAGCUUUACUGGGAUAUAAUUCACACGGUAUAAAGUUUACCCUUUUAAAGUAUACAGUUUAGUGGUUUUAGUAUAUUCAGAAUUGUGCAACCACUUUUCAAGUCCAGAACAUUGUCAUCACCUGGAAAUGAAAUCCCAUAUCCUGUGCCCCUUUAGCACUCUCUUCGUACUCCUCUAGCACCUGGCAAACUCUAAUCUGCUUUCUGCUUCUAUGGAUUGUCUGUUCUGGACAUGGACAUUUCAUAUAAAUGGGAUCAAGCAAUAAAUGGCUUUUUUUGUUCA